AUGUCUCUAUUCAGCAUCCAAGGUCCAUCCAAAUACAACCUGGUUGAAUUACCUUUUCGGAACUGGUAUCUUAAUUGCCUUCAUAUUAGUAUCGCGGAAUAUGAUCCUCAAGAGAACAAGCCCUUUCAAGUCAACUGUGCUACCACUGAAGACGGAAAGGACUCUUCCCGUGGGCGUUGUAAGGAGCGGAAAAUUACCUGUAAGACGCCAUCUAUAGGAAUGCUAGGGGACGUUUAUGACUUUUGCGCGAUUCUGGAGUGGGCUAGUGAUUUUGGGGUUCGCUGCAUAGACUUAUACUGGAAUUUGGCAUCUCGCCUGGCUGUUUGUGAGGCCACCAAAUGA